UUUUGGUAUAUAUAGGAGUAGCGCCCGGAAGGCUGGAACCAAAAGAAUUCAAAUCUUUGGUGUCACUGCCAAUUUUCACCUUUUUGUUUUAUUAUUUUAAAUUCUAUGCUAUGUGAUACAAGCUUCUCUGGAUAUAAUUAAUUACGGAGUACUACUAUGUUGAGGAGUAACAUUUGGCAAAGUUGAGGAGUGACAUGUGGCAAAUUGAGGUGGCAAGAGAAUUAAAUGAAAAAAAAUCACACGACCCAUAAAAGAUGCAAGAGAAAGAGAAAAGGAAAAUUUCAACAAAAAAAGAUAGAAAAGAAAAUCGAGUCGGAGAAAAAUUUUACAUCCCUAGAAGGAAUUUGAAAGCGGACUGCUUAGGAGUAAUGUUUGUGGAGGAGGGUCUUAAGUUUGUUGGACAGAAUUCUGGUGUUGAUCUUGCUCAUGAAGGUGGAGAGGGAAAUUGGACCGUAGUCAUCAAAGCAUUUAAGGCCUUGCUUUUCUCUUUCCGUUGGAAUAAAACCAUGUGGCCAGAGAUAGAAUUUCCACCUCCCACAUUCAUAAACCGUCCAUUUUUUCUUCUUCACGCGCAGGACAAGCUCUAAAAGUUGCUCUUUAAAGACACAGAAAUUGACAGAAACCGAGAAAUCAAAUUUUGCCAUAGACGGAUGCUUCUAGUGGUUGAAUUUGUGAAAGCUAUAGAAUCCAUUAUUAUAGUGACUGAAAAUUUCUCUUCUAUUGUGUGAGUUUUUGCAUCGUCUUGGCUCUUUGGCAUCACAGUAGCUUCUGAGCCUGACAAUUGUUGCUACCUCCUGCUGGUAAAUUUCUGAUCACAAUCUCAAUAUACUCUUGUUUAGCUUUCCAAACAAUUUUUCAAUGAUUGUGGUUGUAUAGAUCCAUCUUUUUGUUCUUCUUCUUCGUAAUUUAUGGGGUUUUUGUAGUGGUAACUGGGGUUUUUUAUUUCUUCCCAGCAAUUUUCUGAUCGAACAUUAUAUAAUUUGUCUGGGUUUAUGAAAUAGAAACAACUUUUUUUAAACGUUUAAGUACAAUCUGCCGUUUUGCCAUUUGUUUGCUAUUUGCCAGCUAAAAUGAAAAGUAUCUAAACUCCAAAAGCUUAUGUGCUUUAGUUCUGGAAAGUGGGAAAAUAUUUCUUUUUGCUUACUCAAAGCUCAUUUUUUUCUUUACUCCUUUUACUGGUGGGGCAGCAGUAGAGUGCCAUGGAUAUUUGGUUUUUCAUAACAAGGUUAGCUUUGACUUUCUUCUAAAUUCCAAUAUAGUUCACAUUUGAGAUUUGAAUUCCAAUGGUCAUCUCUGAUUAUGAUUUUAUUUUCGAACAAUCCUAACGGAAAAUAACGUUCCCUCAUCCUGAAAUAAGUUUCCAAUUUGACACAACAUGAUUUUUAAGAAAGGUGAAAUUGUGUAGUUGCAAUUUUAUUCAGACAGACAAAUAAUACAAACCACACAUGUUUUUCCUUAAAAUGAAAGUGAAAUCAUGUUUAAGGACAAACCGAAAAGAAAAUGUGGAAAUUUCUUCGGGACAAAGGGAGUAAUUCCAUAGUACACCGUAUUUGUUUUCUUUCCAUAACAGCUUCAAGGUUUCAAUGUAUAUAUAGGGCAUUUGGUUGUUUAAUGAUGAGGGAAACCCAUAGAGGCUACCCUUUGGGCACACACUGGGUAUACCCUGCACCGGUGCAAUAAGGUGUUAUUUAAUAUUUAUGAUGGAAUUUAGUCACUUUCCCAGGUCUAACAAACAUUUUGGGAUUAGGUUGUAUGUUAGGAACCCCAACCAAUAAUCGGUUUUCCAUCAUUGUGUGUGGUCCAAGUUGCUUAAAAGUCCAUUUACUCUCUAUGGCUUCCCAUGAAUGAUUCAAUGAGUUGAUGUUAAGUUAAAUUCAAAUUUUACCACAUUUCCUUGAAAUUAUCAAACAACCACUUAUGGAGUUAUAGCUAAAUAUCUACUGUGAAGAAAGUGCAAUUCCUUUUAAUGUUCUGUUUUGAUCUGUGCAGUCCAAGACAGCUACUUCAUUAUUUUUAUUUCAUUGUCUUUCCUUAUUUGACCGUUAGAGUCUGCUUGAAUUUUCAGAUCCAUGAAAGUAUUCUGUUGUAUGAAUCCCUUUUUUAUGCUUGCUUGGAUUUUUUUCUCUUGUCUUUUUCCUACAAAGAACAAUAUGAUUUGCCAUUAGCUCUUUAUAUGAGCAUUUUUUUAACUAUAUGUUGGAAUGAUUUUGCUAUGGUUUUUUCUGGAGGGAGGUAAUAAUCAUUUAUUGCUACAAGUUUAAAAAUGACAUUUAAGACAAUAAUUAGAAUCACUUGUUUAAGGGCAACAAGGCAAUAAUUGGAAUCACUUGUUUAAUGGCAACAAGGCAUUAAUUGGAAUCAAUUGGUUAAGGGCAA